GGGCUGCAGUUGGCUGCAGGAGCAAUUGUCCAUAAUUUAAAUGGAUUAUAACAGCCUACGUUGGCCGUUGCUGGGUAAACAGGUAAACGCCCCCUUUUGAAUCAGUCUGCGCCGUCAUUAGCUCAAAGCUAACCCUUCAACGAAGAAGAUGGCGAAAAGAAAAAAAAAUGAGGAGUAUCGUACAUUUCAGGACAAGUGGACCGAAGAAUUCGCCUUUGUGGAGAGAGAAGGUUCUGCGGUGUGUCUAAUUUGCAAUGACAAAAUUGCAUCGAAGAAACGGUCGAAUGUACAGCGGCACUUCAACACACGCCAUGCUACCUUUGCAUCAAAAUACCCUGCGGGAGAAAGUAGAAAGAAAGCGUGCCAAGAGCUACUGAGCAGGCUGCAAGCUAGCCAGCAGCAACUCCGUGUAUGGACCCGACAAGGUGACUAUAAUUCUGCUAGCUUUGCUGGAUCUUUAGCAAUAGUGAGGAACGGAAAACCAUUCACAGAUGGCGAGUAUGCUAAAACGUUCAUGCUGGAUGUAGCCAAUGAACUUUUUGAUGAUCUUCCGAACAAAGACAAGAUAAUCAAACGGAUACAAGACAGGGGUGGGCGAUAUAUAUCGUCUGCGAUAGGAUCGUGAUUGUUGUUUUAACGAUGUGCAAAUUUACAUUAUCGAGUAUUUAAAUUAGUUCGCCAAAACCAAUGAAACGCACGUCCACACUUCACAUUACAGAGCAGCGGCGCUCCAUAAAAAACACAGCACGACUCAGCCACGCUCAAGUCCUGUAAGAAAGUCACAUGACCUCUCUCGCGAGAAGCCUUGCAACAGGUCAGCAGCGUAGUUGUGGAAAAUGCAGGUGGAGGCAGGUACAGUCCCUGACGCAACUUCAGAGGAUUUAGUGCCGAGACGUGGGUCUACUUCUCUGGCAUGGAAAUGGUUUGGUUUCGAAAAGACUGACGUUGGUCAAAACACCGUCAUAUGCAAAAUCUGUCGGAAAGCUAUCGCCGUUAAACAAAGCUCCACAACGAAUCUCUUUCACCACCUCCGCACCAACCACAGUAAAGAGUAUGAAGAAUACGAGAAACUUCGAGACUCUGCAGCUCAAGAUAAACCAAGUAGGCCAGCUGUUCAGCACACCCAACAAACCCUCGCUGAGUCAUUCAGCAGAAAAGUGCCGUAUGACAGAAAAAGUCAACGAUGGCAAGACAUAACCAAUGCUAUCACCAAAUUCAUAGCCAAAGAGAUGUUGCCGAUGCAGUUGGUGGAGGGAAAAAGUUUCAUUGAACUUUUGAAUGUCCUAGACGCGCGAUACACAGUGCCAAGUAGAAAAUAUUUCAGCGGAACCGCUCUCACCACCCUCUAUGAUAAAACUCGUAAAGCUGUGAUGAGUGAAGUGCAAGAGGUGAAACACUUCGCAACAACAACCGAUUUAUGGUCUAGCAGAACAUCGGAGCCAUACCUCUCUCUGACCGUGCAUUUCAUUGAUGAAUCGUGGAAACUUCGGAGCUACUGUUUGCAAACGUCCUAUUUCCCAGAUGCCCACACAGGAGAAAUCAUUGCCCUUGGUCUGAAAGAUGCCCUCGCAUCAUGGUCGCUGAGUGAACAGGACAUGGUCUGCAUGACCACCGACAGCGGCGCAAACGUCGUCAGUGCACUCAGAAUCAAUGACUGGAAAAGGCUACCGUGCUUUGGGCACCGGCUUCAUAUUGCAAUCGAGAGGAGCAUGCGUGAUGCAAGGAUAGACAGAGCCAUUGGUGUCUGCAAGAAGGUGGUUGCAGCCUUUUCCAAUAGCUGGAAUUUGAAAAAAGGACUGGCUGAUGCUCAAAAUCAGAUGAAGCUCCCAGAGCAUAAACUCAUCACAGAAUCACCAACAAGAUGGGGCUCAAGACAGCGCAUGAUAAAGAGGUUUGUUGAACAAGAAAAGGCCAUUCGUCAUGUGCUAGGUGCUGACAAGAAGCGCAGGCAUCUCCUACCAACAUGGCAAGAUGUUGAUGUGCUAGAAUCAGUGAGCAAAGCACUUAGUCCCCUGCUGGAGUUUACAGAUGCCCUCUCAGGUGAGCAAGUAGUAACCAUCUCCUACCUGAAACCGGUACUGUCACUGUUAACUCGGAGGUCCUGGCAUGGAGUUCGCUCAAGAAAAAAAAUCUACCUAUGGAUAAACUUCUCUCAGUGUGUACUGAUGGUGCUCUGUGUAUGGUGGGGAAAAACAAAGGAUUUUUGGCGCUUCUCCGUGAACAUGAAAAUAGACCCAUCCUAAGUUUCCACUGCAUUCUACACCAGGAGGCACUUUGUGCUCAGAUGUGUGAUGGGCAGCUUGGCGAAGUAAUGUCGCUGGUCAUUCGUGUGAUCAACUUUAUUGUUGCUCGAGCCUUAAAUGAUCGCCAGUUUAAAACACUGCUGGAUGAAGUUGGAAAUAACUAUCACGGUCUGCUUUUGCACAGCAAUGUGCGUUGGUUGUCAAGAGGGAAGGUAGCCGUUUGGCAGCUUGCCUGAACGAAAUCCGAACUUUCCUUGAAAUGAAAGGCAUCGAGCAUCCUGAGCUAGCCGAAACCAAGUGGCUCCUCAAG